AUGAAGCUCGCGCAAAGAUUUCAGGUAUAUCAUCGCACCCAAUCGCCCAUACACCAAGAUGCCCAGUCCCCGUUCUGGAUCUUCAUCCCCAGUUCUUUCUUUCCAACCGCUUCAGGCUUUGGACUCCUGGAGUCGGGCUGCGUCACGAGGAAGAACGAGGUCAACAUCAUGGUGAAGAACGCCGUCGACGUCGUCUUUGGAGGCCUUGGCUAUUGGAUGUUCGGCUACGGGUUCAGCUUCGGAACAGAUGCCGGAACCAACGGUUUCAUUGCUUUCGGCAAGUUCUUCCUGGACAGUGACGAAGAGGACAUGGGAGUGGUAUUCGCUACCUACAUCUUCCAGCUGUCGUUCGCAACAACAGCCACGACGAUCGUCUCUGGGGCCAUGGCUGAGAGGUGCAACUUUGUGGCAUACUGCGUGUUCUCCUUCCUGAACACGGUGGUGUUCUGUCUACCCGCUGGUUGGGUCUGGGGCGAGCACGGCUUCCUCAACAACUUACGGGUCGUCGACAUCGCGGGUUGUGCAGCCGUACAUCUUGUUGGAGGGACGUCUUCUUUGGUGGCUGCAGUGAUGCUGAAGCCAAGGAGAGGCAGAUACGAUCAUGGAACGGAACCUCCCCCAAUGGGUUCUCCGACGAAUGCACUUGUCGGCAUGUUUAUGCUCUGGUGGGGUUGGCUAGGUUUCAACUGCGGAAGUACAUUCGGUGUUUCCGGCCAUAAAUGGAAGUACGCCGCCAGAUCCGCCAUAGUGACAAUAAAUUCUUCUGUAGGCGGAGGGAUCACUGCAUUAAUAGUCAGUUACUUCGCAAACAGAAAAAAGUUUUCAGUCAUUCGACUCAUCAACGGCAUUUUGGCAUCCCUAGUAGCAAUCACAGCGGGUUGCGCUUUAUACCACCCAUGGGAAGCCCUGGUCGUGGGCGCUGUCGGCUCACUUCUGGCCAACGGUGCCAUGCCACUGCUGGAUCACCUCAGGGUUGAUGACCCCGUGGGAGCUAUAGCAGUGCACGGGGUCAGUUCUGUGUGGGGUAUGCUCGCCGUGGGUUUGUUCGUCGAGAGUGACACCCUCCUGUGCCUCAGCAAAAACGGUGCCGGUGUCUUUCGCGGAGGAGGCGGCAGACUACUGGGGGUGCAGUCUCUCGCUGUCAUCACAAUUUCAUCGUGGAGUUGCGUUUCUACGUUCGCAAUUCUGUGGUCUAUCAACCGAUUCAUUCCCAUACGCAUGAGCCCCGAGGAAGAAAUGGUUGGAGCAGACUUUGUGGAACACGGUAUCCAGUACUUCCAAGGGACCAGCGAAUGUGCCGUCCUGGAGUCCAACAAGACGAACACCGACAUCGCUACGCUUAGCAAUGGCAAGAUGGCUGUCAACAUGACCAUACUGUCCGUCUCGCACGACGAGAGAAGAGCAACAAUCUCGACCCAGACCGAGGCUUGUCCCCAAGGUCACAUCUUAACACCGAGGCGGCUCGUUGGAGCUCCGGUGGACCGUCCAGAACUCAGAGACGCCUGGCCAGAGAGGCCAAACACGUAGCAUUACAAAUGCCGUGCUCUAAUAAAAUGAUCUUUUUUUUUUGCAGUCGAUCUAGGAAGUGCUUAACAAUUUCCGCGCGUUUUGGAACGGAACGGUUCCGACGUUGUUCUGUAAGAU